GCUGUAGCUGAGCACAUGAAUUUCUCGGCUCCAGGCUUCAGGCUCAACUACCAGGCUCACAGCGUGUAAUAGAAAGCUUUCAUACAUCUCGAACGCGAUGGUCCUACACAACCCCAACAACUGGCAUUGGGUCAACAAGGAUGUCUCAGGCUGGACGCGGGAGUACCUUGACAAGGAGCUCGUGCAAAUAUCAGCAGAGAAAGAUGGCGUCACUGCGAAGAUCGACAAGGUGGUGAGCAUGGACGGAGACGUCGACGUGAGCCAGCGCAAGGGCAAGGUCAUUACCAUCUUCGACGUGAAACUGAAGCUGGAAUAUUCAGGCAAGAACAAGGAGGGCGAGGAGGCCAGCGGCACUAUUACCGUCCCGGAAGUCGCUCACGACACCGAGGAAGACGAGUAUGUCUUUGAGGUAGACGUGUACUCGGAUGACAGCAGCAAACAGCCCGUAAAAGAGCUAGUGCGCUCUGAUCUCGUACCGCAACUGCGAAAAGCCUUUGCCAAGCUUGCGCCAGCCGUCAUGGCUGAGCACGCAAAGGACAUCCAGCAUGCGCCAGGCACCAACCCUAGCAGCAACUUUCCGGCUGCAAAGGUGUAUUCAAGUUCGAGCGUCAACAAGUCGAGCAGCUCCAAGCCGGAAGCACCCUCUUCUCAAAAGAGCAGCUCUGGCGCAGUUGUCAACGUGACGACAAUUACCGACAGCGCGGAGUUUCGGACAGAUGCAGCCAAUCUGUACCAGACGUUUACCGACCCUCAGCGUCUUGCCGCAUUUACGCGUGCACCUCCGCAGAACUUCACGGGUGCCAAGCCUGGUGGCACAUUCGAACUGUUUGGCGGAAACGUCAGCGGAGAGUUUACCGAGCUCCAAGAGCCUACACAUAUCGUCCAGAAAUGGCGACUUGCACAAUGGCCCGCGGGACACUACUCGACACUGUCGAUAUGGUUUGACCAGAACGACGUGGACGCGGUCACGGUCAUGAGGGUGGAAUGGCGCGGAGUACCAGUGGGGCAGGAAGAGCCGACCAAGACCAACUGGGAUCAGUACUACGUGCGGAGUAUCAAGACGACGUUUGGCUUCGGCACGGUAUUGUAGGUGCCUGGGGCUCAGUUGCAUGGCAUUGCGGCACUGGAGUAUGAGGCGUUGGAAGGAAAUUACGAAUGCAUACGAAGUGACGGACCUGAAAGAUUUGAAUGAUAGCUACAACGAAUAGAGACAAUACAAGAGCUCUGAGCAGCAAAUGAC